UCAGUUUUUUUCAUAGGUUUUUGAGGUUAAAACUCUGCAUAAAUAUUAGGUGACCCAAUAUAUAGAUUAAGUAUACAUCCUCUUCCUGAAUUCUGCGGCUUUUUUCACGGGAUUUACUGUAUUAUGUGAAAAAUGUGGGACUCGUCGAUGUUCCUCAGCACCCUGACGCCCAAAUUCUACGUGGCGCUCACGGGCACAUCGAGUCUCAUCAGCGGACUCAUCCUCAUUUUCGAGUGGUGGUACUUCCGGAAGUAUGGGACUUCAUUCAUUGAACAAGUUUCCCUGAAUCAUAUUAGUCCAUGGAUUGGGGGUGGUAGCAGUGAUUCCAGCAAUGGGAAUGAUUCCAAUUCCACGGGGAGUUCGGGUCAACAGAUACCCGAAUGCAAAGUAUGGCGAAACCCACUGAAUCUCUUCCGUGGCGCUGAGUACCAGCGCUUCUUUUGGGCCACAAGCAAGGAGCCCCUUACGUACUAUGACAUGAACCUCAGUGCUCAGGAUCAUCAGACCUUCUUCACGUGCGAAGGGGAUGCCGGGAAUGCGGAGUUUGAAAUCAUGCAGACAGCCUGGCGCGAGAGGAAUCCCGUUGUUCGCAUAAAGGCAGCCCAUAGUGCAUUGGAAAUCAAUGCAGACUGCACUCCGGCGUACAUCUUGCUCGCUGAAGAGGAAACGACGACAAUUGUGGAAGCGGAGAAGGUUCUCAAGACAGCCCUCAAAAUUGCUGAGGCAAACUACAAGAAAUCCCAAUUGAUGCAACAUCAGAGCCCCACACAUGAGAGCAUCCAUAGACGUGACACAAAUGCCCUAAUCUACAUCAAGCGUCGCCUGGCAAUGUGCGCCCGGAAGCUGCAGAAGCUGAAGGAGGCGGCCAAGAUGUUUCGUGAUCUGAGCAAGGAGAUUCCGCCCAUUAUGAAUGUCCUCAACAUCCAUGAGAAUCUCAUUGAGUGCCUGCUGGAGAUGCAGGCCUACGCCGACUGUCAGGCUGUCCUGGCCAAGUACGACGACAUAUCGCUCCCGAAAUCCGCAACAAUUUGCUACACAGCCGCCCUACUCAAAGCGCGUGCAGUUGCGGAUAAAUUUUCACCGGAUGUGGCUUCGAAGCGAGGCCUCAAUUCAGCUGAAAUGGGUGCCGUGGAGGCCAUACACCGAGCUGUGGAGUUCAAUCCGCACGUACCCAAGUAUCUCCUUGAGACGAAGCCCCUCAUCUUGCCACCUGAACACAUCCUCAAGCGUGGUGACUCCGAGGCACUCGCCUACGCCUUCUUCCAUCUCAAUCACUGGAAGAACGUGGAGGGAGCUCUCAAUUUGCUCCACUGCACCUGGGAGGGAACCUUCCGGAUGCUGCCCUACCCACUGGAGCGUGGACAUCUCUUCUACCCCUACCCAACGUGCACCGAGUGCGCCGAUCGUGAACUCCUGCCGCUCUUCCACGAGGUCUCCGUCUACCCCAAGAAGGAGCUGCCCUUCUUCAUUCUCUUCACGGCCGGCUUGUGCAGCUUCACGGCCCUCCUGGCGCUCCUUACGCACCAAUAUCCGGAGCCAAUGGGCGUCAUGGCACACACGGUGCUCAACUGGAUCUCCCUCCCGUUCUACUUCUUCAAGGAUCGCCUCGAAAGUGUCCUACCGUGCAACCUUCUGCAGCAACUGUCACGCAUUUAAAUGCUCUCUGCCCAUCACUCUCUGUUUGGUCAUGGCUACGCUCCCGGCCACAGGAUAUACUCCCGUAUUUAUUUUAAUAAAAAUAAUUCAAUGUGUGUAGCAAAA